GUAAAGGCUCCCGGAGAGGUAGCUGGACCAGAAUUUCAUCAGGAUUCAUCAGGAUUUUUAGGAAUUCACAAGUGAGUAAAUGAUGUCAUGUCUGGAGGAGGAAAAAAAGACUAAUAUGAUCUUUCCUCUGAACAAGUGUGUGUUCUGGUGUCUGAGAUGAGCUUCUACGCGCUGUGCCUGUUUCUCAAUGAAAUGAAAGUGGGGAAUAAGUGAGUCACUCAUUAGCACAGCCAGAUUUGCUUAGUCAAUUUCAUUCAAAGAAUCGUUUUGUGCUUACUCAUGAAGCACAGAAUGUGUGGAGAUGGCACAGAUCAUUUUUUAAAAAAAUAAGCAAGGGAAUGAGGAGUUAGUUUCCACGAAAACAAAACUGCAUGUGAAUCCAAAGCUGGCUUAAUUUAUAAAGAGAGCUUAUACAUUAAGUCGGGGUGAAACGAAGUCAGUGGGUGAAACUUGCCCCCAGCAUGGAAAAACAGUGGCUGUUGGAUUUCUACUUAGCAUGCAUUUCUGCCAGGGCCUUCCCCAGACAGCAGGCUUUCCCUUGGCAUUAAAAUUUCCCGUAACUGUGAGUUACGGGUAUUUCAAAUUUGCCCCCAUACCCAACACAACAAGUGGAUAUUUUUUACCCUGGACACAAAUGGGGCUAAGCUCCAAUGCACAAUGAAAAACCCAAAUCGUGUAUGGAGUGCUUCCCGAUAAUUUCAGGGACUUCGAAGGAAAUCUGGAUGAUACAUGGACGCAUACCUGCCCUUCCAAAGUAAAAUCGCCAUCUGGGAACAGCCCUGGCAUGGCACUGGAGUCUUGGCAGGGUCGGGAAGGACUGAUCUGCAUCAUUUUUUCCCUCACCUUCGUGUGUGAUUUGACCUACUCUCUUUUUUAAAAAAAAUCUAAACUUUUAUUUUGUAAAUCCCCCAAAACAUUCCCAAGGAAACCACUACAGCAUCUCUGAGAGAAGCCCAUCCAGCCUCUCUUUAAAAACCUCCAGUUAAGGAGAGCCAGCCAUGUCAUGAGGUGGACUGUUCCACUGUCCGACAGCUCUUUUGCUUUAGAAAUCCUUCCUGAAUACCUAGCUUAAUUCUGCUUGCUUGUAAUUCAAGCACAUUAUGAGCCAAUGCAAAUUAAACAGGCACUUUGGAUAGUGAGAACAACCAAGAUGAGCAGGAGUCUAGAUCACCUAGAUCACCAAAUGCAACCAGGGUGGACCCUGCUUAGCUAAGGGGACAAGUCAUGCUGGCGACCACAAGCUCAGCUCUCCUCUGAUCUGGGGUUUUUGAGUCUGUGGGACUGAAUGUGAUACUGCAUGCUUCCCUUUUCAAAACCUUUUUUUAGCAGGCUAGCAAAGUCACGGCGAAACUGUCUUCCUGCUUUGUGAGCAAAAACAAGGCCCAGGCGGUUUACAGAUGCAGGUUGGGUGAAAUCAUAUUAAUUUGUGGUUCCUUCGUUCCUCAGGCAGUCGGAAAACCCAGUGUAUGCAGGGUUGGCCUAUUGCCAGGGGAGACGGCUCGAGGUUUUCCUGCCGCAGAGUUAAGCCUUUUCAGACUUUGGUAGCCUAAGUCCAUCGAGAAGUUGUUAAAGGGUCGUUCUUUUGCCUCUGUUUCGUUUCUGUCAACAGCAUAAGGACUGUAGGUUCUGUAGGACAGAAAAAUUCUAACUUGCCUUGCUUCCACACCAGCCUUUUUCUUUAUAACCGCAUUCAUUUGCUCAUUUUAAAAAAUGAUAUCCACCAGAUGCCGUUUUCUGGAGAAUGGUUUUCCUUCUUUCCACUUCUCUGCCCACACACACACACACAAACCCCUGAAGUCGUCUAUUUGCAUCCCUCUCUUCUGCACUCAGCUGUUCCGAAUGCAAAAACGAAUCCGAAAAGCCCUUUCGCUUCCCCAUCUGGGGCGGCUGGCCGCCACCUUCCCUUUCCCAGAUUUCGCAAACGGGGCUCCAGCUGUGCACGAGAGGAAGCCCAGCUGGUGGUUCGGGCGACCCAACCACAAGCCGAAAGGGAGCCCGGCGGGGGCCUCCUCCACUCUCCCCCUCCCCGUCUCUUCCCCUGCUCUUGCUUUCUGCUGUAAAAUGAGUAAUCCAAAUUGCAGCGUCAGCCUUUGUGGCGUCCCUCACAUGCAAGAGACACUUCGCCCGUCUUCUUGGCCGGUGAAAGUUGUGCAGCAUCACUUGGCGAUGACGUCAGCUGGAAUUCCCACACUUUCUUUGCCGCUCAGCCCCUCUGGCUGUGAGUCCCUUUAUAAAGGAGGAGCAGAUUCAUGGAGCUUCAGCAUCAGACAGCAGAGAGCUCCCAAGAGCCCCUCGGCCAGCAGACCAGCUCCUGUCACGCAGCCUCCCCAGAGAUCAGAAAACAUGAAGGCCUCCGUUGCUGCCUGUGCCAUCUCGCUCCUCUUCCUUCUGGCUCUCUGCUGCUCCUCGACCUUCUCCGCCCCAGUGGGGUACGAUGUCCCAACCUCCUGUUGUCUCAGCUACACGAAAAAGAAGAUGCCACUCAACCGUGUGGCCAGCUAUUACAAAACCAACAGCAGAUGCUCACAGCCCGCAAUUGUGUUCACCACCAAGAAAGGCCACGACGUCUGCGCCAACCCCGCGGAGCCGUGGGUCAGGCAGUUAGUGGAACACCUGCAGUCAAAUUGAGCGGAGUUGGGGCCGAGCCGCUUCCGGUGGGGCAGAAGGUCGAAGGAGAUCAUUCCCGGCGACAUCGAGCAAGGACUCUGCUUGGGUGUCUACCCUGAUGGCGCAUUUUGCCGGUGUGGUCAGAAAAGAGCCAACCAGCUCAGGGAUAUGUGUUGAUUAUUUAAAUUAAUUUAAGGUACUUUGGUCAACUAAUUAUUUUAUUUAUGUCACUGGCAAGUGGGGGCGGGGGGGGGAGAAACAACCUUUUUAUAACUGGAUGUUGU